AUGGCGUCAUCAAUACAAAGUACUACUCCGGAUCAUUAUCGAAGGCCGCCUGAUUCUUACUAUCCCAUCGUCAUUAUAGGCGCUGGACCUUCAGGCAUUGCCAUGGGCUGCCAAUUGAAACUGGAGCUCCAUUUUGACAAGUUCAAGAUAUUUGAUCGUCAAGGGGGUCUUGGAGGUACAUGGUGGGCGAACAGAUAUCCAGGAGUUGUCGUCGAACGCUUCGAGAUCAAAGAUAAUAUUAGUUUGAGCACGGAGAUGAGGAGUUUGAAAUGGAGAGAGCAAGAACAAGAAUGGGAGAUCGAAAUCUGUCGUCUUUCUCCAGAGACUAAGCUCAAGCAUCCCACUGGGCUCGAGAUAAUUCGAGCAAAAAUCGUUGUUAGUGGCGCAGGUAUUCUUACCAAUCCCAAUGAUUGGCCAGAAGGUGUCUCUGGGAGAGAUACCUUCGAGGGUGAGGUUCUUCACUCUGCUGAAUGGCCUCAGAAUAUUAACCUCGAAGAAAAAAAUGUGGUGCUUGUGGGCUCUGGUUGCACGGCUGCUCAGAUCGCCCCUGCAAUUCUCAAAACCGAGCUAAAGUCCUUGACGCAUAUAAUACGUAGUCCACCGUGGUUUGUCCCCCGUAUUAAAGAGCCAGGAGGUAAGGAAGAAUACGCAAAAUUUGCUCCUAAAAUUUAUGGUUCCGUUCCGUUGUUAGGUUUUAUCGUUCGAAUGAUGAUUUGCGGGAUGUCUGAGCUUCUAUGGUACACAACGUUCAUCCAAGAAAACUUGAAGCUACGCCAAAUCUCUGAGAAGACGUCCCUGGACCAUAUGAGAAAGCUAGCCCCAGAGAAAUAUCAUUCUAUGUUGACACCUCAGUAUAGUCUUGGCUGCAAGCGCCGGGUGUUCGAUAAUGAUUGGCUCCAGAGCAUGAGUGAUCCUCGGUAUACUCUUACAACGCAACCUUGGCUAAGUGUGGAAGGCAGCAAAGUAAUUGUGGGAAAUUAUGAUGCAAAUUCCGACGUUAGUGCGCUACCAUGCUCUUAUCCUACCGAUGUCCUUAUUUUAGCAACGGGCUUCAAGGCAUCACAGUUCCUACACCCUCUAUCCAUCACGGGACGUCAAGGAGCCUCUCUUCAUCGAGUCUGGGAGGAGCGUGGUGGUCCCCAAGCAUAUAUGGGGACAAGCAUCGACCAGUUUCCGAACUUUUUUAUGAUCAUGGGCCCAAACACCUUUGUUGGUCACACCUCGGUCAUCAUGAGCAUUGAAAACAAUAUCCAGUACAUCCUCAAGAUGAUCCGUCCCAUCAUCGACGGUAAUGUAACUAGCCUGGAGCCAAAACCAGACGCGGUAGUCAAGUGGACGCAGGGCAUCAAAAAAGACAUGCAGGAAACCGUUUAUGAGUCUUGUCAAAGCUGGUACAAUGAUUCUGGGGCUUGGAAUUCUGUCAUAUAUCCCUUGACUUUUACCUCCGCUGCAAGUACCCCAAGUUCGAUGACUGGAAUCAAAACCCUUCUUUACAAGGCCAGCCUCGACGAGCGGGUCAGCGGAUGUUCAGAGGAGACUCUUGUGAAAGUCCAAUCGUAA